GUCUAUUAUAAAUUGGUUUACUUACAGUUGUGUAUUGAAUUUCAAUCUUAAUCUUGUUUCAUGCCAUCUUUAAUAUUUUUCAGAGUUGGAGCCUUUUGAGGAAAUUAUUCAUUUCAUCUACAAGGACAUGUUUUUCAAUAAGACUGAUCCACAAAGGUUACUUGAUAUUGUGGUCACUGCUGAUAAGUUUGAGGUGAUUGGAGCAAUCAAGCACUGUAAAACUCUGAUGCUGCAGUCCCCGCUGACUCUUGAAAUUGCCCUUCUUUAUUUGGAGUUCACUUCUGAGAAGGUAGAACUGAAUGAAAUUCUUGGUCCUGUUCAUACUGCUUGUGCUGAUUUUGUGGCCAAUACAUACAAAGAUCUGUUAAGUCAUGAGGAAGCCGUGCUCCAGUUGCGGCUCUCCGCUAUGAUUUCCAUCUUUAAGAGCAGUGCUCUUAUUCUUCCCAACGAAGACUAUGCAUUUACCUUUUUGCUGAAAUGGCUGGAGAAAGAGUACUCUGAUAAGGAAGAGAGAAAUGAUGUGUUUCAGAGAAUCGUGGUUUCUCUUAUCCGGUUCACGCACCUGUCUGAAGAAGCUCUGCUUGAUUUUACCUCUUGUAAUCUAGUUUCGAGUCCUGUUGACGCGAUCAAUAUUGUAUCUAAUGCAAUGCAUUUCAAGGCUACUUCAUCUCGAAGAAUUGCUUACUGGAGGUAUGAGCAGCGUGAUUAUCUUGUGAGGCCCGUCUCAUUAUCUUAUCUUAUGCCAGCUCCACAUCCUGAGGUUGUGGCAUACAUGGAUAUAUCACUGGGUCGCUGCUCUAGGAUGACUUACUCUGAAGCUUUUGCCUUUGGUGGAUUGACCCUAAACAUGGUCGCUACGUGUGUGUUUGACGCUGAUACUAAUACUCCCAAUUCACUUGGUUUGUUUUUAUGUGCCCAAACCGAGCAGCCAGCCAUCCUGAGUGUCACAUUCUCUGUGAGGACACGACCAAAUGGGGCGUAUGUUGACUGUAUCUCGUUUGAACACACAUUUACAACAGGCAUCCCCUUUGGAGUAAAUGAUCUGUAUCUGACCCAAUGGGAUGAAUUGAUGGACCCCAACUGUAUUUUUGUCAUUAAAGGCCAUUUGCACAUUAGAAUGCGCAUUUCUGCUCUCCAGCCAUAGGGUUCAGGUAAGGAGGUCUCCAGCAUCAGUCUUCAGGCCAAGUAGCUCGUCCAUGUUUUAGCGUGUCCUUCAGACCUGACCUGUGGUAAUCUGUCUGUGAUUCUGAUGACUGUCAAGUCUGGAAGCCAAGGAGCUUUGCAUAUCAUGUUGUUUAGCCUGCCCUUCAGACCUGACCUGUGGUAAUCUGUCUGUGAUUCUGAUGAGUUAAGUUUGGAAGUUUUAGCCUGUCCUUCAGACCUGACCUGUGGUAAUCUGUCUUGCAAGGAGCUGGUCUUGCAUAUCAUGUUGUUUAGCCUGUCCUUCAGACCUGACCUGUGGUAAUCUGUCUGUGAUUCUGAUGAGUUAAGUUUGGAAGUUUUAGAACUUUCUAUGCUAAGUAUGGUCAGUAGUAUGAUGAACAGAGCACUAGAUGCCCUAAUCUACUCCUAUGCUAAGUGUCUUCAAGAUCAUGUUUUUUGGAUAUGUUAUUCGUGUACCCAUAGCAUCCUUAACAUUGUGCGACGAAGUAGUAAUAAAACA